UCCAUUUUUCAGGCAUGUACACUAGAAUGUGAAGGAAAACUGCCCUCUGCCAAAGCCUGGGAGACCUGCAAGGAGUUCUUGCAACUGGCAAAGCUGGAUGUCUCUGAGGAUGGCAGCAUUGCUCCGGAUGACAAGAAAGAGCUGGAUGAGAACCAUUUGCUUGCGAAGAAGUACGGAGGCUUCAUGAAAAGAUAUGGGGGGUUCAUGAAGAAAAUGGAUGAGCUCUAUCGAGCGGAACCAGAGGAUGAAGCUAACGGAGGAGAAAUCCUGGCUAAGAGGUAUGGAGGCUUUAUGAAGAAAGACUCAGAUGACGAUGCCCUUGCCAACUCCUCUGAUCUGCUGAAGGAGCUUCUAGGAACAGGGGAUAACCCUGAAGCGGCGCACUAUCGAGAGGUAAAUGAGAACGACGGCGAUGUCAGCAAAAGGUACGGAGGCUUCAUGAGAAGCAUAAAGCGCAGCCCUGAAUUGGAAGAUGAGGCCAAAGAGCUGCAAAAGAGAUACGGUGGCUUCAUGAGAAGAGUGGGCAGGCCCGAGUGGUGGCUGGAUUACCAGAAACGAUAUGGUGGGUUUCUUAAGCGCUUUGCCGACUCCAUUCUCCCUUCAGAAGAAGAUGGGGAAACUUACUCCAAAGAAGUCCCAGAGAUGGAAAAGAGAUAUGGUGGUUUUAUGAGAUUUUAAUACCUUUUCCUUUAUCCCUUUUGUCCUAAAU